UGUGCUGCAACAGCAGUUUUCAUUGAUUGCUGUCAAUUACAAUUUGGUUAUGAUUUCGAUGUAUUGACGGCAUGUCAAAAUCAGCAUGGAUCCUUCUGUUGAUUUUUCAAAUUUGUCUGUUUGGAAAUACAGUUGGUUCAAUAGGUGACAAAUCACAAGCGUACAAGCAAUGUCUAGCAUUGUGUCUCACUAGGAAUUGUAAAAAUGAAACAACUUUUAAGGAACAACCAUCUUUAUCAUUAAUUUUGUUACACUGGACCUGUAAGGAAGAUUGCAGUUAUAUUUGCACAUGGAAGACCGUUGACUCUUUUGUAUCUCAUGGUUUGAAAAUACCACAGUUUCAUGGAAAAUGGCCAUUUAUUCGUUUAUUUGGAUGUCAAGAACCUGCAUCAGUUUUAUUCUCUAUAUUAAAUUUUUAUGCACAUUGGGUAAUGCAUCAAAAAUUUAGAAGGAAAGUAAAUUGGACUAACCCUAUGUUCUAUGCUUGGGAAUAUUUCAGCAUUAUAUGCUUGAACGGAUGGUUUUGGUCCACUGUAUUUCAUUCACGAGACAGACCAUUUACAGAAGCCAUGGACUAUUCUUGCGCAUUCAGUAUGGUACUUACAUUGUUAUAUUGCAUGCUCUUAAGGAUAACCUACAAGAAUAAUAAAGCAUUUGUUAUAAUAACUAGUGGAUAUCUAAGCAUUUUAUGUAUGCAUUUAUUGCACUUAUGGUCAGGCAAAAUUAAUUAUGGUUAUAAUAUGAUGCUUAAUAUAACGAUAGGCUUGACGACCUUCGCGAUAACAAUGCUAUGGUGGUAUUUUAAUCGCAAGUCUCACGUGUACUUAAUCGGUUGGUUCAAUACAUUGACUGUUUUUGUGACUUUGCUAGAACUGGCAGACUUUCCUCCUAUCUUUUGGAUAUUCGACGCUCAUUCUUUAUGGCAUGCUAGUACUAUUCCUUUAGCAAUAUUAUUGUAUAGGUUUAUGAUUUCAGAUUGCUGUUACUUGAAAAUAUAUUCUAAUAAGUUACACGUUUAGAUUUUAAUUAUUAUAUAAAUAAUUAUUAUAUUUUAAACAAUAAUUAUAUUAUAUAUAUAUGUAGACAUCAUAU